AUGGCAUCGCCAAUGCCGGCGGCUCAGUCGAGCAAUCCGUCUGCCGCAGGCGAGGUGGACGAGUAUGGCCUGCAGACCAAGUUUAUGAACUUGAAGGUGCACUACACGUUCGACAAAGAGGCCAAGGUCAAUUGCCUGGCCAGAGGAUCCCAGCCCCUGCAAGUGCAGACUAUCCCGAUUGACGAGACGAAUACGAUUGGAGUCGUCGACCUGAGGGCCUGCAUCCACGUUAUUGCCGAGUGCAGCCCGGAGCUGACGAGCCACGAGUGCGACUACACGAUUUACGCUGUUGACUAUUCCGAACCCGACCUUCCCCAGGUUGGCCAGGGCCUGCUGUCAUGGGUCUUCCAGUCGAUGCGGCCUGACUUUGGGCAUCACCAGCCCAAGAUGGUGACGGGCAGGGUCACCAGAAAUAUACUGGGCGUUUUUGGCGGUGGAGGCAAAGAGACUUUGGAAAUCAGAUUGAAGCUUUCUGAAACAGCCAGGAUCCAGCGUUCUAUCGCAUAUGCCUCUCCUCCCGUGGAGCAGAAUCACAUUGGGCCAAUGGAACCGACUUUACCACCGAAUGCCGCAUCAGAAUGGAAUUCUUUAGUCCAGUCCAACCCACAGACAGCCCAGCAGGCGACUCAAAACCAAGGCCCAAUGCAGAGUCUGAUGCAGAGCCAUUCACCCAGCAUAGCUCCCGCUUUGCCUCAAGGACCACCACCCCCCUUGGUCAGGCAAGGUUCUUUCGGGCCAAGUUACAGCCAGAAUCCGCCUGCACAGGAGCUACCGAGGCUUGCUCCAACUCCAGUCGAUCCUCAAUCCAUGCCCAGCAUCCCAGCACCUUCUUCACGACCAUCUAGUAGAGCAUCAAAUAGACCACCUCGAAGGAAGCCGCCGACUGGUAGGCCCCGAGGUAGGCCCCGGAAGAAACCUGCUGAGGGCAACACAUCAGGCUACGAAGAUGGGACCGAAGGGGAGGAUGCCGCACCUCUCAAAGAAAUUGAGCCUGUCAAGAAGAGAGCAAAGACAACCAAGGUGGAUAGGUCAGACACAGUUGCCUUUGGUGCCGAACCCGAAUCUCUCAGGGUUGCUGCGAGCAAUUCCAGCUCUCUGCGGAAUUUCCGGCCCAUUGGAAUCAAUAGCGACAGCGUGACAGGUAGUCAUCAUCUGCAGGAGAUCCCUCGAGCUCCCACGCCUGUUCCUAACGGUCGUCUCAGGGUGGUACCACCAGGACGGGAGCCCAGCUCCCUCAAGCGACGUGAAUCCGCAUUAAGCCAGCCGCCCACAUCAGGCUUUGCCGCGAACGAUGUUGGCCGCUUCCAGUCGCCCGGCAUAGACGACGACAGAACGCCAGAGUCUCUAGCCCCGACGCCAAACUACCCCGACGACAGCCCUCCAGAUAUUGGCUCCUCGCCACCGGUUCAGCAGGCUACGCCUUACAUGCGGUCUAGUCCACCUCCUUCAAGUCCGGUGCUGCCUCCGAUGCCAUCUAUGGCUGCUCAUGAACCCGAAAUUCCGAGCAAUGACGUGGGCGACAAUUUUGGAGAGGGAGAGCCGCCUAUGAUGGAUGAGCUGCCGCCUCCACCGCUCACAAACAAAAUGCCAACCCAGAGCGUGCCUAUCCAGGUUUUCCAGCUCCAAGACGGCCCCAGUGGCCAAGAUCUAGUACACCUUCGCACCUAUAACACCCCUUAUCCCACGUCACAUGCGCCUGCCCCUUCUGAGAGCUCCCUUCUACCUCCUCUGAGCCGGGAACCGAGCCGUCCACAAUCCAAUGGCCAGCCUACUAAAAGGAAGAGACCGCAGUCAUCAACACCACCAGACAUGGGGCCAACCCCGCCUCCUACCACCGACGCCGUUGAGCGGGCAAUGAGCCCGACCCUAACCUCUACCCCUGCUCCAAUUCAAGCUCCUACUCCCAUCCCUCUUCCUGUGUCUAAUUACGCGACGUCUACUUCUACAACCAUAUAUGCGCCUAUUCCUACGACAGCUCCUUUUUUAGCCCCAGGUGUCGGGGACCCAACUCCUCCGGCACCAGCUCCUGAAUCAGUCACUGCUACUGCGCCAACACCCGAACUCUCACAGGCCCCUCCUUUAACCCAUGACAGUUUGUAUGAUCCUAUAGUACAACUCGCCUCUACGUUUUCCUCAAGAGAAGAGGCUCCUCCUCCAAUCCAACAGCCAUCACGAUCCUCACAGCCACCUCAGCCAUCUCAGACAAGACCGCAAACUUCUUCUAAGCCUAAACAUCCCCGUCAACUCAGUCGAUCGCAGUCUGCAGGGCCACUUAUACUACCCACUAGCGACCCUAUUGGUCCAUCGGCUUUAUCUCAGCCUCCCACUGUUCCUUUGGAGCGUCCAUCUACAAUGGGUGGUGGGGGCGCUGAUAUCCGUCGACCAGCUUCCACCGGGCCUUUGGCUUUACCAAUGCCUGAGCCUCUCGCCGAGCCCUCGAAAGACUUUGCGCCUGAAACGUCCUGCACUCCCAGCGAUUUUCCUCCACCAUCUUCGCCAACACGAGCAAAUAAUAAGAACAAUGGUAAAAAGCAUGCCAUCAGACAGCGACUAGAGGCGGCCAUAAACAACGGGGAGAUGCCUCCCUACUGCAGCAACUGUGGUGCUAUAGAAACCCCUACAUGGAGAAAAAUUUGGAACCAACAUCGAGAUGGUAUUCCGGAACGAUGCGAAUUCUCGGAGAAGCCUGGUAAGAUUACGGCGGUGGAGAUAACUCAGUGUGAUGAUGAAGGCAAGCCAACAGCUCAUCGUGUUAUCAAAAAGAGCUUGGCUAUCACCGAUGAUAAAACCAAGUGGCAAGAGGCUUUACUUUGCAAUCCCUGCGGCAUAUGGCUCACCAAAUGCAAAAGCCAUCGGCCAGCGGAUAGAUGGGACAAGGAUGCCUCUCGAAUAGGCCAAGAACGGCGGAAGAGAGGUACUGGCAGAAGCACAUCUCGUGCCAAGAAAAAUCGCCGAAAGGAUGAUGCCCCUGUCAACCUUACUUCGGACGCAUAUUUGCCUACAGACGCCUAUUUACCUACAGACGCCGAUAUACCCACAGAUUUCUAUACACCCACGGACGUGUUAGAGCCACCAGCACCCUCGUCACCAAGACUUAACGAUGCUUUGUCUAUAGACCCAAACUCAUUGCCAAGGCCAGAGAACGAUGAAAGCCAGGACUUUGAGAAAUCUUUCGCGACAGCUGGGCUAGGUGUAUUAUCCCGGUCAGGAUCAACUCAUUCCCGGGGCAAUGGAACAGCUCAAAGCCCCAUCGACAUCGAUACUGAAUUCGACCAAGUUGCUGGGAGCACUAAGAGGCUUCUAUUCCCGUCACCUAGGAAAGACGGAGUGCCCAAAGUGCUUUGCGAUGUUGACAUCAAUAUCGUGCAGACAGCAGAGUGUCGCUCAGCAGGCAACCUAAAAGGGGACCAAGAGAACGCCGUCGCGUCAGGACUGAAUACGGGCGUCAGCAAAUUAGAUGAUUUAGAAGCUCUAUUCAACAGCCCGGCGGCCAAAGAACGCCCAUCCACCCCGCCACCCGAGGCCAAAUCCGCUCCCGUCGAGCCUUUCAAAACACCUACUCGACCUACCCCAAGCCAUAGGCCGAUCACUAGAAGUGUCUCGCGGUCUAUGCGAUCUGCCAAGUCGAUCUUGUCUCCAAGCCAGCUCGCAGUCGACCAGACUCCUACCAAGACGCCAAAAUCUAUGUUGAAAAUUCCCGGAAGCAGCGUGAGAAGACGCAGCCCGCGAAACCACCAGAGCCAUUUUGACAAUAUGUUUACUUCACCAAUUGCUCAAAAUAUUGUACAGUUCCUCUCACAGGGCAAUACCUUCUCAUUUGAGGAUGGUGAGAUUGAUUUUGGCAACCUCGCUGGAGACAAUGGUGAACUGCUUGACCUUGGCCAUCUUUUGAGUACAGAUGAUAUAAUGCCCAGCUCUCCACCCAAAGACGUCACCAUGGAAUUCGAAUACGAAGGUGAUAUUGAUAAUAUCGCUGACUGGAUGGACCAAGUUACAAACGUUACAACAGAGCUUAAAUGA